AUGCAACAUAAGACGUCUGAAAACGAGGCAAGAGAAGAUGCGCUUCUCGCCAGGGUAGAAACAUUGCUUCAGAAGCGCACCCAGGAACCUCGGAUUGAGUAUGAAGACCCGCCGUUCUCGAGACUGGCGAGGGUAUUGCAAGAGCGCGAAGUUCAAAGCGAACGGGAACGAGCCAAUGCGGUAACUGAGGCGCGCAUGAAGCAGAUGCAGGAUGCUCAUGAAAAAGAUGAGGAGAGAAUGAAGCAACUCGAAAGUCUCAUAGCAGCUCAAUCGGCAGAGCAGAGGCGCAUGGAAUCUAUGUGGGAGAUGGAAAGAAGGGCUAUCGAAGCAGAAGCUGCAAAGCAAGCUCAAAGCGUGAGGGAUCUGGCAGCGAAAGAGAUCGCGGCCGCGCAAAUGGCCAAAGAAACAGCUCAAACAGCCCUCGAUGCUGAGAAGCUAGAAACCGAGAAACAAGCGAGGAAAAGAGCUGAUGCCAUGUUCAAGGCCGAAAAAGAACGAACGGAUGAUUUUCACAAAUUGCAACUGCAGCGUUACGAAGAGCUACUUCAAGGGCUACGAGAGCAGCUGCUGAACUCAAAGCAUGAAAGCGAUCGGGCUAUAAGACGCACAUCGGACGGUACUUCGAAAUCUCAGCAGGUGAUCAUAUUCCCUGCAAAAGCCGACCGACGCUCCCAGAGGAUGCACAAGCUACAGAAAUCGUUGACUAGAUUUGGAAUUGAAUCUGAUUUUGAAGAUCCAGAAGACCUGCAUCAAUUGCACACCAACCAGCUUGUACAGUAUGACUACGACAACACGAAUGAUCAGUCUGUUAGAAGUACCAUCUUCUGGGAGGCGUCUGCGCUCAAUCUAGGAAGUGAGCUUCUGCUCACUAUGAGGCAAGCUGGAUGGAGACCAUCCUACACUCGCAUAUCAGAGAAGGGCCAAACUCACUUUUUAGGAAGUCAACCGGUGCAUACCUACUUCUUCGAUCCCGACUACGAACCGCAGUUUUCUCCCUCUGAGACCGUACCAGGCAAGGAAUCGAUCACUAUCCAGAAAGCCCUCGUGGAAGAAUAUGCGCUGAUCGAACUGGGCUUCAAAUUUCAUACCAACGACACGGGAGUCUAUAUUCUCGAUGGCAGAUUGACAUAUGUAAAGAAUUUCGCUCAUUGUCAGUACAACGCUCACGCUAACGGUCCGUAG